AUGAAAGUAAAAUAAUUCAUUCACAUCUCUUCUUGCCUCCGCGUUACUGUCUCUCUCGUCUGCUCUCCUCGCUCUCAACCCAGCUCCGCCGCCGCCGUUCCUUUGCAGCUCGCCGACUCGGAGUCGCCGCCGAUCUCCGCCGUCUCCGCGCCCAGCUCGCCGAUUCGCCGUCGAAAUCAAGAUUCCUAGGGAUAUGGCAGUACACGAUGAAUCAGAGACGUCUGGAAGAAAAGAAAGCGAGGAGAUUGAUGUCCCAAUCUUCAGCGCCGAGAAUAUGCAAAGCAACAUGAAAGUCAUAUAUUACAGCCGAACGUUUAUGUCCAUUAUUGGUGGUGUCAUUGCCGGGAUUCUAGGAUUCACAGGCUUAACUGGGUUCGUAAUUUACUUUCUUGUCAUGGCCAUCACCUCAAUUGGCCUUAUUGCGAAGACUGGAUUUUCCAUCCACUCGUACUUUACUGGCUGGAGUCAGAUCAUACUUGAUGGUUUCCUGGGUGGGCUUAUGUCGUUCGUGCUGUUUUGGACAUUUGCUUAUGACAUUGUCCAUAUAUUCUGAGGGAGUGAAGGCCAAGAAGCUGCGCUCCACCCUGCACGGUCUCCUGUGGUUUGAGGUUCUGGAACAAAUCUGACAGAUUGCUUUGAUACUGCAAUAAAUCCAUCUUUGUUCCUCCUUUUUAGUUAUGUAAUUUUCCUCUUAAUCAGAGGGAGCUUCUGUAGUUAUGUUAGAACAUGGUUUUUUGAACUACGAAACUGAAGUGAUGAGAAAGGAAGUUAGGCAGAACGCGAGUUUCUUCCCUCGGUCAUGUGCUUUCGCUUGAUUGUGCUCUGACGGAUUAGACAUCGCAUAUCAUUGCUGGUUUGUUUUGGUUAGACUAUGGAUUUGUUUCAUGCUACUUUUCGGACUACUUCAGUCGGUUGUUACGGUGCAGUCCUCUGCUUUUUACAGAUUGCAUCAUGAAGGAGAUUGCUUUGUUUC